AUGUUCUCGUCAUUCUCAUCUCUCCCACGCUUUGGUCUCGGCCUUGGCCGGAGCUCAACCUCAGCUGCGGAAGCCAUCGCCAUCCCUCCAGUCGGGGUGCACGACGUCGAAACCUCCACAGACAAGCGAGGACGUGCGCUAAAGCAUCUGCUGAAACUCAACCAUGUCAACUUUUCUAUCCUGUACAACCAUUUGAGAUUUCACAACCACACACCUCAUAUCCUCGGCUCUGCAUACCUCUUGUCGUCGUCCGCUGACCACUUACACGCCGUCUACGAGGACGCUGCUACAAACGAAGGCCAUGAGCACUGGGUUGAUUCACCCUCUGAGAUCGCUCCCCACGACUACCGCGAUUAUCUGGGCAAACGUGAGUACCAGCGUGCAUUCGUCGAUUUUUUCGAAGACCAAGUGGUGCUCGCCGGCUAUGACUGGAAACGGGUGGUCGAACAGUUUCUCUUUGAGCGGGGGAACGCAAAGAAGGGUGAGCCGAAUGCAGAGCCCAUUUUCAAUUGCCUGACUGCAGGGCUGGGCCAUCCCUUGAUUCAUCUCGGGUAUGCGUAUGAGCUGAAUAGCCGCGAGGUGGCGAUGGAGGCUCUCGGGCUUGCGGCGACGUGCUACGACGAGAAGCUCGCAAAGCUGUUGGCGACAGCAACGUCGACCGCACAAUCCGCCAAUUCGCCAGGUUACUCCACGAACAACCUGUUUGAGGUCUUUGACCGGCUCCACAACGACGGUCGCCUUGACGGGGUGUUUGACCACUACGGCGGGGACAACCUCACACACCUGCUGAGCGACCCGAGCCUGACCUCGAUCCUCCUCGAACACUUCCGCGCGUGGCAGAUUGUCGACCCGACGAGGGACUUUGCCCAGUCCCAGGCUUUGGCGACCGCGCUCCUCAUCGCCAGCGGGCCCAGUGUCGGCGGCCACGGCUGGGACUUUUUCCUCGUGCACCUCCUGACGACGUCGCAUGCCGUGAGGAUCCUGAUCCCCUUCCUCGACCCCCAACACCACCUCCCCCUGGUGAAGGAGUGGCUUCUGAUCACCCUCGCGAUCUACAUCGCGCAGCUCCGCCCCCUCAUCAAGACCGCGAACAUCACCGACGUGGACCUACAGGGCCGCGACUGGGACUUUGUCAUCCGCCAAGCCGUCGACAGCAAGUGGAAGUUUGACGCGCACUUUGUCAAGGCGUGUCGCGCCAUGCGCGAGGCCGAGCGGGUCUGGGGCGGCCACGGCGACGACGACAAGUACUACCUCAAGGCGGCGGUCAAGUUUUCCAGCGAGUUCAACGACUGGGGCGGCUUUGGUGCCGAAGAGGGCGAAGGAGGCACGACGAGGGAAGUGAGCUGA